CUCCUUCAUGACCUCACGAAAAUCUGCGACGAAGCCUGUACAAAUGUCCGACGACCAGCAGCAUGUGCUGCACCAAUAUCAAGAUACAGAUGGCCACUUUUCGUUAGUCAGGAAUUUCCGGCUGGCGGAUUUGGUCACCAUCAUGAACGGUGUCUGCGGCUCCCUGUCCGUAUUCUCAUCGGCACACUACCUUUUAACCAAGGACAUCGACUACUUGUGGACAGCAUUGACCUUGCCAUUGGCAGGCCUCAUGUUUGACUUCCUCGACGGCAAAGUCGCGCGGUGGAGAAAAUCGAGUAGCCUGUUGGGCCAGGAGCUGGACAGUCUAGCAGACCUGAUAUCUUUUGGAGUAGCCCCAGCCUUGCUUGGAUUUGUCGUAGGACUCCGGACAUACCUCGACACCGUGUUUUUGACCGGAUUCAUAUGUUGCGGACUUGCCCGACUGGCUCGUUUCAACGCUACCGUUGCCCUCAUUCCCAAAGAAAAGGGUAAAGCGAAGUACUUCGAAGGGUUGCCUAUCCCGUCCUCUUUAGGACUUGUCGGUAUCCUUGCAUAUUGGGUGAAAAAAGGCUGGAUUGAAGGCCAACAAGGUCUUCCUGGUGGAACUGUGAUUCUGUGGGGAGAAGCCGGUGGUCGGGGAGAGGUACACAUUGUCAGUGUGAUUUAUGGGGCAUGGGCUGCAGCGAUGGUCAGCAAGACGCUCAAGGUCCCCAAGCCAUAGUAUAGUCGCUUCAGCUGCAUUUUUGCAUCUUUUAUACGGGACAAUAUCUACUUGCUAGCGGUCAUGUAGCAUCGAAUUCUGACGGCGGACGCUGUAUCACGACUGAUUCACUGAAAUGGCACGUUUUAGGUUCUUUU